AUGAUAGCAAUUAGGGCAAUUAUCAUUGCUAUCAUCGCUACGGGUCGUCCUUUAAACUUCCAACCAGUACCGAAAUUGCCGAUUCCGUUCAUUCAGCCGUGUUUCCUCGUGAUUUACCUUCCAGAAUUACUCACUCUCGAGACAUCGUGCUGUGAAUAUGGUGAAGGCUUAUAUUAUAACAGAAAUCAAACUAAUGCGGAAACAAGGAGUACGUUGGCUAGGUCAUGGAUGAGACUUCUGCAGCCUGUGAAGGUUACUUUGGUAGAGUCACUACAAAAUCAUCUUGUCUUUUCGGCUUGUGUGCCUUCACUGUUAUUUUUGUUUGGUUUUAUCGGAAUACAUAACCGUGCUGUUGCGCCAAGCAUAAUUGCUUCACGGUGUCGCUCGGUACUGGCAGACUUCAGCCUUAGCUGUGAUGACAGUGGAAAAUUGAUUGUGAGGCCACCACAUCGAGUGCAUGUGUCGCCAUGA